CGGCCGCCCCCCGGGGUCUUCGUGACCGCCUUGUUCCUCUCCUCCCCCUGCCCGCACUCCCGCCGGCAGCUGCGGCAGUUCGUGUCCGGCAGCGAGGCCGCUGCCCCCUGCGAGCCGCCCGCACCGCAGGAGCUGGCCGAGAAGCUCCUGCCCAGGGCAGUCCGGGAGCUGAUGGCAGAGCAGAAAAUCACGCUCUACUGGGUGGACACUGCAGAGUGGCCCAAGCUGCUCGAAUCUCCAGAUCAUGUUGGAUACUGGACAAUGUUUGAACUGAUUCACCAGAUGGGAGGCACCAUUUUGUCAUCUGAGAUCUUGAUGCAGUGUCUGAGUCACCACAGAACGGAUCUUGCUCAUGGCUUUCUUGGAGAUUCCAGUUCCUCCAUGCCAUGGACCAUGCUCCUGCCCUUGGACUCCACCUUGAACUUCUUGUUUUCGAAGCCCUCCGCGUUCCAAGCAGUUUUCCCCCAGCAAGAAGGGAGGUUGUUUCUCGGCAUGCAUGGAAAAGAGAAGCAGGAAAGCUGUGUGGUGAUCCUGGAACCCCUAGCCAUGGGGCAAAGGCAACAACAGCAUCCAGUCAAUAUCUUCCUGAGAGGUACCUUAACAGGUUGGAAUUUGAUGCAAGCUAGCAACUUUCUUGGAGAGAGCUGGAUAUUGUGGAGUUCCCAGGCUGAACAAGCAGAACAAAACAGGUCACUGUUUCAUCAGCUCUUAUGGACUCUAGUGACUGAAGAACUUCACAUGGUUGCUGAGGUGUCUCUAUCCCCAGCUUCAUGCCCCUGCACUGCUGUCCUGUCGCCGCUUUCUGCGAGUACUGCAGUUCUGCUCAUACUGUGCUCUGAGAAGGCAGCUGAAGCUCAGCGGUGCAGCCUGGAAGGAGCUGUAGUGCAGAGCUCUUGCGGAGAGCGUGCAUUUCACCUCCCAGAUAUUGUGAACAGCGUCCUGAGUGAGACUGACACAUCGGUGGAAGAGUUACUGACUAGCUCUGAAGAAACUCCUGUGCCAGAGUGGGUCCAACAGGAGCUGUCCCGUACGGGACGCUGGCAUCCUUCAGUGCUUGAAGCAUGGUAUCCUUCCUCGAACGCUUGUGGGGCGAGUUCAGAUCUGAUGGAGUCAUUCAGGUUGCUGCAAGCUAAUUCAACUAAUGAGAGGGAUGAUGCCCACCAAUCUGAGGUGGAACUUUCAGAAAGUCUAUCUGAGAUGUACCAGAGGAAAUCCAGUGAUGUAUCUGCCACAGUUGGACCAGGAAAUAAGAAAAGACGUGGGGUUCCCCGAACGCCAGUCAGACAGAAAAUGAAGACCAUGUCCCGCUCUCUGCAGAUGCUGAAUGUAGCAAGACUGAAUGUAAAAGCUCAGAAGUUUCACCCUGAUGGUGUGCCAUCAGCAGUGAAUGAGAAGGUCCCACAGAAACUUUCAGCAAAAAGACUGGAUGAGAAGCUGGAAGAAAAGGAAAAGGCAUUCAAAAUGUCGAUAGACUUCAAAACUGAGGAGGAACUGCUGUCCCAUUUAAUUGUAAGCUACCAGAAGGCUGUUGCAGAGGGAGUUGCUUCAUUUUUGUGUGCCCAGAGUAUGAUCACAGCCAUAAAAAGGUUCCUGAAAAUACAAGAUGCCAAAGAGAGAGAGGUGGCCUGUGUAGAAAGAGUCAGAAGCCACCUACUGAAGACCAGCAAAACCCUCAGGCAACAGCAUGGCUCAGAGAAGGAAACCAAAGUCAGAGAGUGCCGACUGCAGGUAUUUCUGCGUCUAGAACUGUGUCUUCAGUGUCCUUCACUACAAAGCAAUGCUGAUGAAAUGGAACAGCUUUUAGAGGAAAUGACAGAGAUGCUGCGUAUUUUGUGUCUGACUGAAGACCCAGGAUAUCUUACAAAGUUUUUAGAGGAAAUAUUAACAUCUUACAUGGAAUCUAUUCCGAAGACCCUUGGAGAUCUCUACUACAGUCUAGGCACGCAAAUACCUCCGAAGCUGGCAUCCGUGCUGCCUUCAGACUUCUUCAGCGACGACUCGGUGACACUGGAUAGCAAGUCUCCAGCCCUUCCACGCUCUCUGUCGUCUGCCCUGACUCCCAGCACCAUUUGCCUACUCACUGAGAGUGAUCAGCUAGAGGAGCUGCGCACCCGAUCUGCCAAAAAAAGAAGGAAUAACGUAUUAGCCAGGCACAGGAGCAUGACAGAAGCACCACAGAACUUGCGUCAAAUUGAGGUUCCCAAGAUAGCAAAGAAUCCCAUCAGAAAGGAGAACUCUCGUUCUUGUCUUGCCACUGAGAAACCCCAGCAAAUGCCUUCGUUGCAGAAAGAAGCAGUGCAAGAGGUUACAAAGGUAAGGAGAAAUCUUUUCAAUGAAGAUGUGCUUUCACCAUCAAAAAGGUCCUUGAAGAAGAAGAUGCCAAGAAGUCAGUCAGUAUCUGCUGUAGAAGGCCUAAAAUACAAAUGCACUGAUGAAGGUCCUAAAGAUCAUCACAAGCUGUUGACCAAGAGAGUUGCAGAGACCCCACUGCAUAAACAGAUCUCCAGGAGACUGCUACAUAAACAGAUGAAGGGCCGGUCAUCUGAUCCAGGUUCUGACACUGGUGUUGUAGAAGAAUCUCCAGAGAAGACCAUAUGUGAAACAAGUUUGAGAAGAAGUCCACGCAUCAAACAACUCUUGUUGAAUAGGACUAUGUCUGGCAUUUUCUCUUCUACUGCACAGUCCUGCUCACAAAAUAAGCAGAAAGUCCAUCCAGGACAAGAAGAGGAGAGCUGUGCUCAAAAGGAUCUAGCAGGCAUUAAGGUGCAUUCUGAAAGCCCUACUGUCCAGACUCCCAAGAGGUUUUUCUUUGGAGCAGUGAUUGACACGUGUAGUCCUGUAACGAAGCUUUCACCUGGAAAGAGGAGAACGAGAAAGGAUUCCUUAAACUUAGAGGACCCGAUUGCCUUUCAGACUCCUAAAAAAGCACCCCGUAAGGCUGCUCAGAAACUAUUGAAUUCUGCCAGUAAACUACCAAGGAGAUCACCUCGCACCCUCCACAGGACACCAGAAAAGCUGGAGAGGACUCCUGGCAGAAGUCCAGCUGCUAGACAAACUGCAGCUAAGUGCUUGGGAAAGUACUUUUCUCUUCCUGAACAACAGGUCACGUCACCAAGUGUGUCAACAGAAAGUAAGAGGGUUCACUUAACACAAGUAACUUCUAAGGAUUGUUCUCCAAUAAAAAGACUUUCCUCCUCUUGCAACGAAGUUGACCUACAAACACCAGAAAAGGAGGGGUUGAAAAUGCUCGGUUCUUCUCCAUUACCUCUGAAAGACUCAAAUCCUAAUCCUUCCUCCAUGUUUACCCUCCAAGGAAGAACUUUUAUUACAGACCUGCAAAAUGCAGAAUGCUCCCUGAGAGCUACCUCAGAAUCAACCUCUCCAGUUGGCGCUCGGAGGCAGAUCCUUCCAGAGGAAAACCAGACGCAGUCAGAAUCAACGCCUGUAGCGAUGGAAAGUACUCCCAGAAAACUUGAAGAUUCAGGUUCAAAACUACAUGCCAGCCCCUUGAGGGCAGAAACCUCACAGCUCGCUGUGAGGGAAGAGCCUUCCUUCAGUUCUCCUCCAUGUGUAAGUUCCAGAAAUGCUCUGGCAAGGAGCUCUCCUUUCCAUGAACACACUAGGGAGUUUGCCUGGGAAUUUAACACCCCUAAAGCAGCUCUUCCAAAAUUGCCUGUCAUUACUGGCACUUCCUCGAGGUCUCCCCUCCGCACACCUGAGCAGUCCAAAUGUGAACCAAAAUCUGGAGGAGAGAACCUCAUGUUUAAAUGUGUAACACCCUCCAGAACUAAGAAUAAUCAAAAUGAUAAUGGCAGUGGGAGCUCUACUGGAGAAAGUGUACAGCUCUCUAAUACCCAAAUUAUUGAAAAUACCCCUAUCUCAGAGCAAAGCAAACAAAUACUUGUAUUGCCUCAAAAUCCCUUUGAAAGAAAGGACCAGAAAAGCUUGGAAAAGCAUUUCUCUCCCAAGCCCUGUGCUGGAGGGCAGCUACAUGUGUCGAAUGCCAGUACAGAAUGUGAGCAGCUGGUUAAGGCGAGUAACUCCAGUGCUGACACCUGUGAAUCCUUCCUUCGUGAUUCUCAAACAAGCAGUGAUCACUUGGAAGCAAGAACUGUAAGACCAGAGCGUACAGGACCGAAAGCUCCAAGUCUCAGGAGACACUCGAGGUCGGACGUGGCUGCCUUCCCUGCCGUGCCCGGGGCUGCGGCCGCCUAUUCCUUGCGCUGCACCGCAGACAGGAGGCAGCGGGAGGCCGCGGCGCGCCUGGGGAAUCCUGUCAUUCCAGCCAGGUUCUCUACUCCUAAAAGCCAUUGCAAAGCGCCUUCCAAGAGCCCUCCAACUUACGAAGUAGAACUCGAAAUGCAAGCGUCGGGGCUGCCCAAACUUCGCUUUAAGAAAAUUGGGUCUUGCUCAGCGUUGGAAGUUCAGCCUGAAGCAAGUGCCAGCAAACCCAAGGGAGGAGAAAGCCCCUUUGGUGAUCCCUGGUGUAGCAAACACCCAGAGAAGCCAGCAGCUGCCUGUGUUUCACCCUCUUGCUUUCGCUCUUUCCACGGUACGCCUGGGAAAGGUGGAGGACAGACCUACAUAUGUCAGUCUUACACCCCGACAAGCUGUGCCUCUAACACCACCUCUCCAUCCCCCUUGGAAGCGGGAGUUCCCUGUACCCCUUCCCCAAAGCAGAAGGGGAAGACCACCCCUGAUGCUAUCAAGGAUUGGCCUCGGAGGAAGAGAGCAGCCAGCAGCACUGCUAAUGCUAGUUGUGCUCAAAGUGAAAAAAAUACAGAUGAUAUAAAGAGGACGUCAAUGGAUGGAGAGGGGGAGAUGAAGAUCCUGGAGCACUACAGCAGCAAAGUGACAAAUACGCUUGGGGAAUUUGAGCUGGAAGGGGUUUGCAGGCUCCAAGAUCAGCCGUCUCCUACUGACUGUGAACCCAGAGCUGAGGAGGCUUCUGCUUUCCGGACUUUUGGCCUGAAAUCUCGGAAGCGGGUCUAUCCCUGCCUAUCCCCAGAAAGGGAGGAGAAGCAUGAGGCUAAGAGGUCUUGUACUAAUGUGUUCAACUUGGAUCUCAUUGACUUUCCUCAAGAUAGGAGCAAGGAAAGCAAACUGAGGGCGGAUGCUGGGGUUCCUGAGAAACCGCGAGCGUGUUCGCUCAUAACCCCUGUGCAGAGCAGUUGCACAGGGGAUGAUGACGUCUUCCUUUUGUCAGGCUCAACUCCCCCAGUGAAAAACACGCUGUCUGUGAGCAGCCUCCUAGCACUGACCCAGUCUCCACUGCUGUGCCGGGGGCAGACACCGUCCUGGAGAAAAGGUGCUCAAGAAGAGGAAUCAGAUCCCUCCCAAGAUCCGGCCGGCCCGGAGCUGACUCCAUUCAACAGUAUGGCUUCUAAGAAGCGUUCCCUUAGCAGGACUUACUCACGGAAAAAGCUGGCUAGCUGAAGUUGGAAGCUGGGA